AUGCAGACCAACGUUCCGCAUUACGUCAUGCCCACGGCUCCUCGUGUGGGCUUUCAGGCUCCUGGCCGAGCACUGCCAGUGCAGGUGCGAGCAAUGCAGGCAUUACCGCCCAUGCAGAUCUACAUGUACCACCCUGCGCCGCUGCCUCCGAUGGCCCCUCAUGCUGCCAACGUGCAAUGGGGGCCUAUCCCUGUGGGUGUGCCCAUUGCGCACAAGCCCUUUGUCUCAUCUUGCAGGAGCUACAUCCCGCAAAAGGCUCCCAUGGCUGCUGCCCAGGAAACCCUGUGCACAAAGAUGGCUAAUGCGCCCUUUGUGCAGCCAGCUGCCGUGGCAGCCAGGUCGUUUGCGCCUCAACAGCUGCGGGACACGAUCGAUCCCAAGCCCAGAGUCGAAGUGCGGGGCGCGACGAAAACCGUCGUGCACGCGCCAAGGCCCGUUGGGCCGACUCUGGAACUUCAGGGGCCGGACUUUGCGGUGCCCCUGGACAAGGGGGUGGAGAGGCUGGAGCCGGAGGAGGUCUUCCAGCUGCUGAAGCAGAAGAAGUGCGUUCUUCUGGAUGUCCGUGAUGCGGACCGCAGCUGCGGCUUCAUCGAGGGCGCGCUCCACGAGCCGACGAGCUUCCAGAACCCCCUCUUCAAGCGGGUGCCCGAGCUCGUUCAGAAGUACCGCGGAGAGCAGCUGGUGAUCUUCCACUGCCAAUUUUCCCUUCAUCGUGGACCUCAGUGUGCCAACUGGUACCGAAAGCAGGCCGACCCCAAUCAGCGCGUUGGAGUUCUGGACCGCGGCUUCCGGGGCUGGCAGCAGCAGAAGCUGCCCGUCGUGCAAUCACAUCCGGAAUCUCAGAUUCAGGCCGCGGCCAACCGGCACGCCCUGUCCGUGGGCAGGCGCAUGGCAGGUGCUGGAGCAUGA